AUCCCCAACCUCACAGUAAGAUAGUCAGUUCUAGUUUAGUCAGCUCUAAGCGAUUAUCUAACAGUGACGGAUAUUUUCCACUCAGUUUUGUAUCGUUACUCUUACUUGCGUUAUUAAAACUUUCAUUUUAUAUACCUACACAGCAAGUGACACUUAUUUUCUCAUUUUCUUUACGCGAGUUGCUGCCCGGUUGGUGUCGACAGCCCGAAGGUGGACAGCGAUGAGUAGUCCCGAUGCGGGUUACGCCAGUGACGAUCAGAACCAGGCUAGGUGCGCGAUCUCAAUCAUGAUGCCUGGAAUGGGACACUGUCAGUGGGCAGACCCCCUGAGCCCUCUCGGGGACACCAAAGAGAAGAGCGAGUCCAGCUCCGGGAACCAGAACCGUGGGAAGAAUGAGCCGCGGAUCCGGAGACCCAUGAAUGCGUUCAUGGUGUGGGCGAAGGAUGAGCGCAAGCGGCUGGCACAACAAAAUCCAGACCUGCACAAUGCGGAGUUGAGCAAAAUGUUGGGGAAGUCGUGGAAAGCCCUUCCUGUAUCGGAGAAGCGGCCGUUUGUAGAGGAGGCUGAGAGGCUUCGGGUGCAGCACAUGCAGGACCACCCCAACUACAAGUACCGACCCCGGAGGAGGAAGCAGGCGAAGAGGAUUAAACGCCUGGACUCCGGGUUCCUGGUCCACAGCAUGUCCGACCAGCAGAGCACCUCCCUGGGUGGGGACGGUAGGGUGUGUAUGGAGAGCAUGGGUUACCACCAUGAGCAUGGUUACCAAGUGUCUCCUCAAUCCCUCAGCCACUACCGCGAAGCCCAGGCCCUCGGAGGGGCUUCCUACGAAUCCUACUGCCUGCCCACCCCCGACACAUCCCCGCUGGACGCCGUGGAGACAGACUCCAUGUUCUUCCACAGCCACUCUCAGGAGGAGUGCCACAUGAUGCCCGUGUAUGCCUACCACUCCCAGGGGGCAGAGUACCCACCUCAGGACCCUCACUCCAACCACCACGCCAACCCCAUGCUCCACAGACACCACUCCUCCCCCACAGAGCAGCAGCAAGCCUCCCAGGCUGGCCCCACCUUCAACCAACUGGCCAUGUACUACAGCCAGCACUGCAGCCCCAGCCACCCCAAGCGACACCCAGGCCAUGGGGCAGGACAGCUCUCCCCUCCCCCAGACUCCCAACCCCACCCAGCAGACCAGGUGGAGCAGAUGCACCCCUCAGAGCUGAUAGGGGAGGUGGACCGCAGUGAGUUUGAGCAGUACCUGAGCUCCUCCAGACCCGGAGACAUGACAGGCCUGUCUUAUGGGGUGCAUGAGGCCAACAUGCAGGGACCUGAGAGCCUGAUAUCCUCUGUGCUCUCUGACGCCAGCACAGUGUACUACUGUAACUACAACAACUCCUAACCUCCUGGUCCGCCCUGUCUGUCAAUCACGUCUCUACUACUGCAGCUAUUACAGUACAUAACCUGACCUCAAAUGUCUCUCUCUGUUUCCUCUCUCUAUUUCUAUCUUCUCUCUCUCUCUGUCUCUUUCUGUCGCUCUCUCUCUCUCUCUCUCCCUCCCUCCCUGUCUAGCUCUGUCUUUCUCUUUCAUUCUGUUACCAUUAAAGGCAAGUGGGAACAGUGGGAACUCUUUAAUUUGAGGUUUUAAAUGCAGUAUGUUAUUUUCUUAUUGUGUGAAGGACGUUCAAUUUGUGUCACUUUAUGAGCUGAGAAGCUAUAGGACAUUUGAAUUGGGAUGAUGAUAGUUCACACACUGUGCAAAGGGGAAAGCUCCUGAGCAGGAAUAUAAAUACAUUUUGUGGUAAUAAAUGUACAGUUACUAUUUGAAGGUUUUAUGUAUAGCUGUUUUAUACUUUUGCACUUUUAAAAAAUAAAGUUUUGAACCAAAAUAGAUGUUCCCUUCUCUGUUUUUUGGUUUUUAAUUACA